CUUUCUUUCUUGGUUCGCUCCGAGAAGACCCUGAAGCCGCCGCCUUUUCCCGGAAUCAUUCCUCGGUUCGGAUUUUCUUGAACUUCUGAAGGUGGGAAGAGCAUGAGGCCGUGGGCAUGGGUGGCGGCCGUCACAUGGAUGGCUGCCUGCUCCGCCGCGGCGGCCCACGGCGAGCAGCCGCUGUCGAUGAUCGCCGUCGAGAGGACCACCCUCGCCGUCGACGACGCGGCGCACGUCAAGGCGUCCCCUGCGGUUCUUGGACUGGAGGGCCAGUACAGUGGAUGGGUGGAGGUGGAGUUCUUCCAUCCCGACCCCUCCGGCGAUGACUGGAUCGGAGUCUUCUCUCCUGCCAAUUUCAGUGCCGCGAUUUGUGAGCCUGAGAAUAAGAGGCAAUAUCCUCCAGUGCUAUGCACAGCACCUAUCAAGUACCAAUUUGCAAAGUUCAAGAAUGACGGGUAUAGCAAGUCUGGAAAGGGCUAUCUGAAGCUUCAGCUGAUCAACCAGAGAGAAGAUUUCUCAUUUGCACUUUUUUCUGGGGGUCUCUUGAAGCCGAAGCUGAUUGCUGUCUCAAACAAGGUGACGUUUGUGAACCCAAAGGCGCCUGUCUACCCACGUUUGGCGCAAGGGAAAUCUUGGAACGAAAUGACAGUCACUUGGACAAGUGGAUAUGACAUCAAAGAAGCAGUUCCUUUUGUUGAAUGGGGUGAAAAGGGGGGACGCCGGUUCCUUUCUCCAGCCGGGACAUUGACAUUUGACAGAAACAGCAUGUGUGGUGCACCAGCACGAACUGUUGGUUGGCGCCAUCCUGGUUACAUUCAUACUAGUUACUUGAAGGAUUUGUGGCCAGACUCGAUGUACACCUACAGGCUUGGCCAUAGAUUACCAAAUGGUACCCGCGUCUGGAGUAAGUCAUAUAGCUUUAAGGCAUCACCUUAUCCUGGACAAGAUUCUUUGCAACGGGUCGUCAUAUUUGGGGACAUGGGGAAGGCAGAGGCAGAUGGUUCCAACGAGUACAAUAACUUCCAGCCAGGCUCGCUAAACACUACUAACCAGAUCAUUAGAGACCUGGAAAACAUCGACAUGGUGGUCCACAUCGGGGACAUUUGCUACGCGAAUGGUUAUUUGUCGCAGUGGGAUCAGUUCACUGCACAGAUAGAACCGAUUGCUUCAACUGUGCCAUACAUGGUUGGCAGCGGUAAUCAUGAGAGGGACUGGCCUGGAACUGGUUCCUUCUAUGGAAAUCUUGACUCUGGUGGAGAAUGUGGUGUUCCAGCACAAACUGUGUUCUACACUCCUGCUGAGAACCGUGCAAAAUUUUGGUACGCGACUGACUAUGGCAUGUUCAGGUUUUGCAUUGCUCACACAGAAGAAGAUUGGAGACCAGGGACCGAGCAGUACAAGUUCAUCGAGCACUGCCUGUCGUCUGUUGACAGGCAGAAGCAGCCAUGGCUCAUCUUCCUUGCACACCGUGUUCUAGGGUACUCAUCCAACUCUUACUAUGGAUUCGAAGGCACAUUUGAGGAACCGAUGGGACGAGAAGCGCUGCAAGAGCUCUGGCAGAAGUACAAAGUCGAUCUUGCCUUCUACGGUCACGUCCACAAUUAUGAAAGGACAUGUCCGGUGUACCAGAGCCAGUGUGUUGUUAACGCAUCGAAUCACUACAGUGGCCCGUUCCAGGCAACGACGCAUGUGGUUGUCGGUGGCGCCGGUGCCAGCCUUUCAGACUUCAUCACUUCAAAGAUUCAAUGGAGUCACUUCAGAGACUUCGAUCACGGUUUCGGCAAGCUCACGGCUUUCAAUCAUUCAUCCUUGUUGUUCGAGUACAAGAAGAGCCGUGACGGCAAUGUGUACGAUCACUUCACGAUCUCGCGCGACUACCGAGAUGUCCUUGCCUGCUCCGUUGACAACUGCCCCAGGACUUCACUGGCUUCCUGAAGGUCCAAUACUUCCAGAGGGGGGAAAUCAAAUGGAUGGGUGGAUACUAAGACGAACAAGCUAGUUACUGUACAUAAUUUUGUAGUCGCGUCAAUAAAUGGUUUUGCUUCAACAAAAAUAGCACAAGGGUUAUACUAAAUUCUGAAUGCAUUCUUUUGGAAACAGAAAUUCGGAAUUUGUUUUGUUCUUGCUUGCUGCUGGAUAGGUGUAGCAUGUUGUAUAGUACGAUUGCAAGGCUCCCACUGUUCUGAGAAAAUCAAAAGGAGGACACCAAUCAUGAA